UUGGGUUUUUAUUUCCUCGUUUCGGAAUGGCAGAUCACGGCGGCGGCGGCGACGACUCCACCAUCGUCCUGGAACGCUUCCAAACCCUGCAGCUCCGGCUGAACACCUCGAAAGGCCGCGGCGUCUUCGCCACCGCGCCCAUCCCCUCGGGCACGACCAUCGACGUCUCGCCGGUCCUCGUCCUGCCGCGGGCGGAGAACGCCUCGCACGUCGAGAAGACGGUGCUCUACCACUACACCUACAACUGGCCCACGGUCGCGACGCAGGCCGUCGUCUUCGGCCUCGGCUCCCUCUUCAACCACUCCUCCCGGAACCAGAACGUCGGCUGGAGGCGGGAUCUGCGCCGCUUGGUCAUCGUGUACACGGCGCUGAGGGAUAUCCGGGUCGGGGAGGAGUUGUGUAUUUCUUAUGGGGCCAAUUUGACGUUUGCGGAUGCGGAUGAUGAUGGCGGCGGUGGUGAGGGCGAGGGCGAGGGGAGAGGGGAGGUCGAUGAUGAUGUGCUGGCGUUGGGGAGGAUUGAGGUUGAUUGAGCUUGCUGUUGUUUUCUUUGGAGAGAGAGAGAGGUUUAGAUGAGGGAUGGGCGGGGAUUGAAGGAGGAUGGUCCCUUUCUUUCUUUCUUUCUUUCUUUCUUGCUUCCUCGCUUGCUCAUGGUUCGAUCUGUUUUUGUUUUUUCGCUUGUGGGCCAGGAUAAGAAGAUGGCGAUGUUUCGCUCAUGAUGUUGCUGACUUGAUGAUGGACCGUACACGAUGAAUUUCGAAUUCGAGAUUCACGAAGAAGAAGAAAAAUGUAGAUGAUAGAUUUGAAAUUUCAUGAAAAGAUAAAGAUGCGAGCAAAGGGAGUGAUUUCGGAGGAUGUUCCGAGAGGGAUGGCCUUGCGUAUUU